CAAUGCGGUGAAAGCGCUGCAAAUAGAGUCAACUAGUUCUUCGUAGACAGAAAUGGCUACGUUAGGAAUCGUUCUCUUGCCGGGUCAGAACUUUCUGCUGUUGUCCGCUAUUGUUGUGAUCGCUGCGUUCGUAUGGCACUACCUGAGGAGACCGCGCAACCUUCCGCCCGGGCCACGAGGACUUCCGCUCGUCGGCUCAGCUCUUUCAUUAGGAGAACGGCCGGAUUUAACGCUGAAAGAUUGGGCGAAGACCUACGGACCGGUAAUGAGCGUCUAUCUGGGACCACAGUUAACUGUUGUUCUGAGCAACGCUGCUUCUGCAAAAGAUGCCUUCCUCAAGCAAGGGGACGCGUUUUCUGGGCGACCCGAAUUCCCUAUGUUCGAUGCUAUAAUAAACGAAAUCAUAACAGAUUCGAACAUCACAAGUGGUAACCAUGGGUUGGUGUUUUCUACUGGAAAACUCUGGAAAGAACAGCGCAAGUUUGCGCUUGCAAAACUGCGAGGAUUUGGUGUUGGCAAAGUCAGCUUAGAGUCAAAGAUUAAGGAAGAAAUUUCUAUUCUUCUAGUUGCAAUCAAAUCUACAAAUGGAGAGGCAUUUGACAUCCAGCCGCUGCUUAAUACAAGCGUCUGCAACGUGAUCUGCAGCAUCAUGUGGGGAAACCGAUUUGAACACCAUGACGAGCAGUUCAAGAUCCUGAUGAAAGCAUUGAAUCAGGAGUUUGUUAAUUUCGCUACUACCGGCUUACUGAAUUUCCUUCCGUGGUUGCGACAUGUUCCGCCUUACCGGAAGCUAAUGCAGGACAUACUGUGCAAUGAAAGGAAAAUAUUUGAAGUUCUUAAGAAGAACCGAGAUGCUCACGUGAGUAAUUUUGAUGAGGAUAAUAUCAGAGACUUUACGGAUGCUUAUCAACAUGAAAUACAACUAGAACAAAAGAAGUCACAUGAGACAACGUUUACCGACAUGGAACUUCUGUUUGUUAUUUGGGAUCUGUUUAUGGCUGGAACCGAAACGACGUCAACAACCAUGCGUUGGGCGAUGCUGUUUAUGCUGAAACACCCAAAAAUAUGCAGAAAGGUGCAAGUUGAGAUAGAUGACGUCAUCGGUGGAGGAAGACUGCCAGCGAUGGCUGACGCAAAUAUGAUGCCCUUUACAGAGGCAACCAUCAUGGAAAUUCAACGUUUAGGUAAUAUCGCACCACUCGCAGUUCCCCAUGCUACGUCUGAGCAAGUCGAAUUCAGAGGUUACACAAUACCAGCGAACACUACUGUCAUGUCAAAUAUCACCGCUAUCAUGAUGGAUCCUACCUACUUCCCAAAUCCGGAAAGGUUUUGUCCUGAGAGAUUCCUGGACGAGAAUGGAAGGGUCAUUAAGAACGAAGCCUUUAUUCCAUUCUCCGUCGGACGGCGAGUGUGUUUGGGGGAAUCUCUGGCCAAAAUGGAACUGUUCCUGUUCUUCACAAGCAUCCUGCAGAACUUCGACGUUAAGCUACCAGAUGGCGUGAUGGAGCCAUCAUUUGAAGGCAUUUUCGGAGCCACAUGGAUGCCUAAACCACAUAAGAUUUGUAUCUGUGCACGAGAAUGACGAAUUUAGAUGGAAAAGUGAAAUAAUGUUGUUAUAAUGAUGUCAUAACAUCCCCACGUAAAAUAUAUAAGACGCAAUAUUCAUCAGAAUGGUUUUUAUACCCGAUUAUGUGCUUCCAAAUCAAAGUGAGGUAAAGCAAAUGAUUAUAACACAAACAUUAUUUGCAAAUGCACGAAGUCUUCAAUUAUCAGCAAAAAUAUUACAAGAUCAUAACCGCGUUAGUAAAUCUCCCACACACGUUUUCCGCCUAACAACGGAUAGAUGUGCGGAUAGCCAAGGCUAAUAAAUUCUAACUAAUUCUAAAAAUUCUAAAAAUAUUAAACUCGGAUUUGUUUUGGAGUUUUGGUCGAUGAGAUUCGCUAAGCUACAAUAUCCGUAUUUUUAGAGACCCUGCCCGAUAACAUAUUAAAAUAUCGAUGCCCACCUGUUGCUAGAUCGACGGAACAAUAUACUUAAUUGUGUUAGCAACAUUGAUAACAAAUGUACGAAAAAUAGCAGUAUAUCAGCUGUAAAUUAUUUUAAUGGGAAAAUGUUUAUAGAGAUUGUUUUAUUGCUCGUAGAUGGCACAACAUUCACGAAAAACUCUAUGACGUUAUACAACGAUUAAAUGGGCAGGAACAGGCAUUUCCAGCUGCUGCAAGUACUUUUAAAUUGUCAUACAUAAAACAAUUUUUUAAUGCAAUUAAUUAAACAUUAUAAUCAUAAAUACAAUGAUGUUACUUCCAGAUCACUUAAUUUCCCUGCACCUAUUAACUCCUAGUUGCACGUCACUUCCUGGCAUAGCGACCAUGAGUCUCCACUACCCACCAUUCCUGAAGCAUUAUCACAACACAUACAUACACACACGCGCGCGCACACGCACGCA